AUGGAUGUACCGUGUACAUUUGACGACUUAGAAUCAUUAUCAGAUGAAGUCUUCUACCAUUGCUUGAUCCAGGAUGAACAAAUUCCAGAAGAUGAAGAUUUCACCUAUUCAGGUCAGCACUUGAACGACAGAACCAACAAUGAUGUGACAUACGUUCAAUUCAACAUGUGUACAAUGUCAAAAAUCCCCAAAGGACUUACCAAGUCAUUUCCAAACAUGCAAGCUUUAAGCAUUCUGUCUGCAAACAUUGAAAACAUCAGCAAAGAUGAUUUAUUGGAAUAUAAAAAUUUAAAAAGAUUUCAUUUUGAGAAUAAUCAUAUUGAGUUUCUACCUGGUGACUUGUUUGAUGACUUUCGGAACUUGGAAUGGAUUUCAUUUUUUGGAAAUGAAUUAAAAGUUAUUGAGCCGAACUUGCUGGAUGGACUUGACAACCUUAAAUAUGUUUGUUUAAAGGAAAAUCAAAAAUUUGACCAAUUUUAUUCAGUUUAUAACGAACAUGAAUCAAAUGCGACUUUAGAGGAGAUUAAGGAUGACCUUAAUGAGAAGUUUUACGAAGCUGAUCCUGAAUUUAUUAAAAGUUAUGCCAAAAAGCUUCAAGCUUCAUUGAAAACUGGAUUAAUUUCAGAUAUUAAGUCUCUGAUUUGUGAUGAAAAUUCCAAAGACUUCUCAAUUUCAAUCAAUAAUCAUGAGUUUAAAGUCCACAAGUUCCUACUAGCUGCAAGAAGUCCAACCUUAGCUGAACUCCUGCGCAACAACCCUGAAGUUGAGAAUCUUAACCUUGUUGACAUUCCAGUUGAGAUUUUCGAGCUGAUUCUGAAAUUUAUUUAUACUGACGAACUUCCACGCGGAGAUGCGACCGACUUUAUUCAACUCCUAUCUGCUGCAUAUCGUCUGAAAAUCAAAACAUUGAUGGACUUUGCUGCUGAGAAUUUAACCAAGCAAUUGAAUGAGGACAAUGCCUUAAACAUCUUCAAGAUCAGCAACAAAUACCAACAAGAUGAGUUGAGAGAACAAUCGUACCGAGAAGUCAAGUAUCAUUAUCUAGGCAUCAAGUUCAAAGACGAGUGGAUUAAUGAUCCAGAAAAAGUUGAAAAUAUCAUUCAAGAAUACAUUAAAAUGGAAGCGGACAUCCAAACAAUUAGAGACAAAUUUUAUAAUUUAUUGGACGAAAGUUAA